AUGGGGCAGGACAGCUCUUAUGAUGUUACUAAUGGUCCGCUUUUCAAGUCCCUACAGACUCUCCAGGACACCUGGGUAGCAGUCAGAGGUCUAGAUUGUGCCUCUGCCCAGCCUCCCCUGCCCCAGCCUGCUGGACCAGACCUCCAACUGGGUGAUUGGAUCCUGACCAGAAAAUUUCCUUGUGGCUCUGCAUUGGAACCGCUGGACCAGCCCUCACCAGGUCAUCCUCUCCAAUCCCUCAGCAGCGAAGGUGGCCCACCCAGGCAAAAAAAGCCCAUAGCGAUGUCUUCAUCAGUUGAUUUUGAGAUCUUAGUGAAUGGGCUGAACAGUUGGAAUCUCCCCAGUGGCCCUAAACCUUGUGAACUGCUGCUCAUUGGUGAAGCUGCCUUUCCAGCUCUGGUGAAUAAAAAUGGUCAAGUCUUAAUUGCUGCCUCCCAUUAUGGCCAGGGACGCAUGGUAGUCAUGUCCCAUGAAGAUUACCUGAAAGAUAGCAUGUUGGCUCAGUUUCUUUGCAAUGCUGUCAGCUGGCUCAACCAGAGACCAGGAACUGUUGUGGGGAUGCACACAUCUGUGGAAUCUCUCACUGGUAUCCUCCAUGACUCUGGGAUGGAGGUGCAGACCAUGGAUGGCCUUGAAGACACUGUAGGAGUUUAUUGUAUCAGUGCCUAUGACAGCACCUUGGCCAAAGAGCUGAUUCAAUUUGUGAAAAAUGGUGGGGGCUUACUUAUUGGGGGCCAAGCUUGGUAUUGGGGAAGUCAUCAUGGAGAUGACAAGGUUCUGUCCAACUUCCCUGGGAACCAGAUGACCAGUGUAGCUGGUGUGUACUUCACUGAUGCCUUUGGAGAUACAGGCUUCCUCAAGGUUUCUAAGGAAGUACCUGAAAUUCCACUUACUUUGAGGUUUGGGGAGGAACUCUCUCAGGACCAACAGCAACUCUUGGAUGGAAUCACAGAGCUGGAUAUUAAUACUGGUGGACAGCCUUCUCAGCUUCUGGUUCAUGGAGCCUUGGCUUUCCCUCUCGGGAUAGACUCUUCACUUAACUGCUUCCUGGAAGGUGCCCGCUAUGGCCAGAGUUGAGUGGUACUUGCUGCUCAUGAGAGCAUCCUCUGUGACCCGAAACUGAGCCCUUUCCUAUAUAAUGCUAUUAACUGGCUAGCAGGGGGAGAAGCAGGCAGAAUUGGUGUUAACCCUAAUCUUAAAAAACUGUUUUCCCUGUUGUCUGAUAAAACCCUGAACUGCAGCCUAGAAUCUCAUCUGACCCCUGGCUUGAGUGUUUACUGCUGCUCAGCCUACAGUGACAAAGAGGCAAGGAAGCUGCAUGAGUUUGUGGCAGAGGGUGGAGGGCUACUGAUUGGGGGUCAAGCCUGGUGGUGGGCCUCUGAGAAUCCUGGCAAGCAUGCUGUGGCUGAUUAUCCUGGAAACCACAUCCUCAACCCCUUUGGUCUCAGCAUCCUAGAUUGUAGUGUCCAAUGUGGUCGAUUUCCUGUCCUUGUGCCUGGUGAAGGGAACUAUCACUUCCACUUAGCAUUGUCUCAGCUCCAGGAUGAAGUGAAAGGAGACAAAGUCUUGGCAGAAAACUGGCAUUGUAAGCUAAUGAGGGACUGUGGGGUCUUCCUGAAGAUUCCUGCAGAAAGAAUCCCUGUCUAUGCCUCCCUCCACAGAUUCUUGAGAAAAUUGCUCAAGCAAACUGGCAUCCCCCAUGUCAGCGAGGAUCACCCUGUGCACAGUGAUUCCUUUGAAGCUACACUGCUCUGUGUGGCCAUUGAGCUUACUCAAAGUGGGAAAAAUUGCUUUUCACUGGUCCAUAGAGCUAGUAAUGGGACUUAUCCCUCCCAAGUGUUUUCCUCAGCACCCCCUGUCACCAUGGAGAUCAAUGGUACCAGUCCAGAUGUCACUACAUGGGUGAGCACUGGACUCUACCUUCCUGAAGGCUUUACUGUAAACAUCAGAAUGCCACAUGCUAUGUCUGCUGGCCUACAGGUACAAAUCGGCUGCCACUCUGAUGAUCUCAGUGGGACCAAGAAGCUUUGCCGAGCACCUGUGGUAAUUCACCGCUGCCUGGACAGACCAGAGCUGUCAGUCUCCUCUCCCUGGGGGGGCCUCAUCUAUGUAAUUGUGCCUAAGGGCAGUAACCUGGGUCCUGUGCCAGUCACCAUCUCUGGAGCUGUGCCUGCUCCAUACUUCAAGCAGGGGAAGACAUCUCUGGAAGAGUGGAAGAGCUCUAUCAGCCACCAUCCAGUGCCCUGGGGGAAGCUGGCAACAGACAAUAUCAUCCUUACAGUGCCCUCUGAACAUCUUGAAGAUAUAGAAAACCCAGAGCCAUUGCUUCAUCUCUGGGAUGAUAUGAUGGAAGCUGUAGCCAGACUUGCAUCAAUAAGUUUCCCUUUCCCUUGACCCAAGAGGAUUGUAGCUGAUGUACAGAUCUCAGUUGGCUGGAUGCGUUCAGGAUACCCCAUCAGGUACAACAAGGAGUCAGCAGAGGAAUUACUCAAUGAGAAGAAAAUAAGAUCUAAUGGCCUCUGUCCCAUCCAUGAACUAGGCCAAAACUAGCAAUGAAGUGUCUGGCAGUUACCCCCACAUACAGCUGAGGCUACUGGCAACUUGUGGUCUGUGUAUGUACAUGAGAGAGUGGUAAGCAUCCACCGGAGCCAGGCUCACCCUGAACUGACUCCCUCAAAGAGGGAGACCAGAGUAAAAGAAUACCUGAGAAAAGGGACUCCCCUGAAAGAAUGGAGUGUUUGGACAGCACUGGAGACUUAUUUGCAGCUACAGGAAGCCUUUGGCUGGGAGCCUUUUACCCAAAUCUUCACAAAAUAUCAGACCUUAUCCAGGGUGCCAAACCACAAAGCUGGCAAGAUGAACAUGUGGAUAAAACAGUUCUCUCAUCAUGUGCAGAAGAAUUUGGCUCCUUUCUUCCAGAGCUGGGGCUGGCCUGUAGAGGAAGAGGUGGCUGCUUCCUUGGCCUGCCUCCCUGAGUGGCAAGAGAACCCCAUGAAAGCAUACCUUCUUAUGCAGAAUUAAGGGAUACCUAUCAAUCUGUGAGCUUUAGUUUUAGAAUCAGGAAUCAGUGCUUCUGCAUACUAAGAAAUCUA